AUGGUUGCUUCUGCUUCUGCACCUCCAGAGGAAGCCACUGAUGUCACUGGUUGUCCUGCGACUACUACUACGAGUGGUGGCAGUGGCGGCAAUGGCGGCAAUGGCAAUGGACAUGUGCUUGACGUGAAGCCAGCUUAUCAGUACCAGAAAGAUGCCACUCUUUCACAGAUCUUUGGUGGGCAUGUAACUCCUGGACGAGAACUUCUGGACGUUAUCAUGAAAACAUACAAGGUGCCUUCGAACAAGACGCUACCUUGGUAUCAGGGAGCUCAACGCACAAUAGCUCGCCAUCCUCUCAACAGUCGUCGGCAGCAGACUGUGCUGACUGCCUACACAAAAUCGGUACAACAAAAAGGAAUAGUACGAGGAGUGCGGGGAGAGUGCUGGCUACAGGCACCCAACACGGAGGAAGGAGAGAUGAGCUAUUUGGCAUUGACAUUUGCCACGCUGUCAGAAGCCUUUUAUCAGGCAAAUGAAGCACCCGAUCGCGAAGACUAUCCGAACUUGCUGACCACUGCCAAGUACGGCUUGGACGUGCUCAUUUUUGACCACCGAACACCCCAGUCAGUUCUGCAGUUCUUGAUCACAUACCACAAUGCGUUUCAUCAAGGAGCGGAGACCUCCUUUAUGGAGAUGAUCAUGAAGGUACCAGAGGUGGAGAAGGCGUGGGCGAACUACAAAGUCGCAAACGGAAUCUCCUCGCGACAGAGUGACUACGAAUCCAAAUAUCGCGAGAUGUUGACAAGUCAGUUUCCGGCCACUUGGACUUCCUUCAGGCAUUUCGAGGCGACCAGACAGGUAUACAAUGUGCUGAGCAAGCUCAACUGCUUGGUUGAACUGAAGACAUUCAUCUCGGACCAUUGUGACUUCUUGCACAACGAGCUGACUCAUGAUACAGUAGUCUUCGUGAUGAAAGAAGUCUUGACAGCCCUUCCGACCGUCUUCAACAUCAUGGCAGAUUCUGAAAAGCAAGCACUCUGCCUUGAAGCUCUCUACAUGUGUGUUCCUUUGAACAUUUCCGAGAUUCCAUGGUUGCUACGGAGGUCGGCAAGUGCUGGUCAAGAGAUCGCACUUGUUCUCACCGCUGUCGAUGGGAAGGUUUUUGAAACACAGCGGAAGAUGCGGGUUCAGAAGGAGAAACGAAAAGGGCAAAAGAACCCGCAGCAGGUUCUGAGUGAGAACUUGGUUGCCAAAAAAGCGAAGGAGGAGAAAGCUGCCAUUGCCGCUGCCAAAGCUAAGGCUAAGGGCAAGUGCAAACCCAAGGCAGCUGCAGCCAAAAACAAUCUGAAUGAGGAGCUAGCCGAUGACACCACGAAGGAAUCUCAAUCUGUCACCUUGACUGAUACAGGUGGAAUUGCUGUGUCACGCCCGAAGCUGUUUGCAGACUGCUUAGUGCUGUGCAUCAGAUCUGCGAUCACGGCAGCCAGGACAAAGUACGGACUUGCCCAAGGUGUGGAAGAGGAAUCAUUGGUUCCCGAUUCAGCCGCGGAUCCAAUCAAGUACACUGAUGCGGAGAUCAAUAUCAUCAGACCUGCUGUUCGAGCUGGCUUGAUCUUCGCAAUCCAGGGUUCUCACAUGUUCAACGGCAAAGUAUACAAGAAGUGGUCUGCCUUGCGGCCAGCCCUGCAGUGUCAUCUCAUGGAAGCCUACAAGAAGGCCAGCUGA